UUCAUCAAACACACAACACAUCCACAACUUGACAAAUUAAACCAUCAUACACAUAAACCAAAGCCUAGACCAAAACAAUAAUAAAGCUUUAAUUUUCAUUAUGGGAGGAGCUUCACCGACGGCGAAGUUCGAUGACGGCAAGAAGGCGUAUGGAGCGGUGGUGCUGAUACAACUGAUCUACGCCGGAAUGUUCCUCCUCUCCAAGGCGGCGCUCGACGGCGGCUUCAAGACUUCCAUCUUCGUCUUCUACCGGCAGGCCUUGGCCGCCGCCCUCGUCGUCCCUCUCGCCCUUUUCCUCGAAUGGAAGCACGCGCCGCCGCUCUCCCUGCCCACCUUCUGCAAAAUCUUCGCCCUCUCCCUCUUCGGGAUAACGUUGAGCUUGAACGUCAAUGGGAUAGCUUUGAUCUACACUUCAGCCACUUUGGGUGCUGCUUCUGUUAAUACCCUGCCAGCCAUUACGUUCUUCAUGGCUCUUCUAUUUGGAAUGGAGACAUUGAAGGUGAGGACAAAAUCAGGGAUGUCAAAGCUAGCUGGGAUAGUGAUAUGCAUGGGAGGAGUAGCAGUUCUUGCUUUCUACAAAGGCCCCCAUUUCAAGGUUUUGUCCCUCUUUAAACAUGAUGACCUCCAUGGACAUGACCUUAGAUCUCAACACGCUAGCUCUUCUCAUAAGAACACAUGGGUGAAAGGUUGUUUCUUGAUGCUCUUCUCCAACCUCAGCUGGGGCUUCUGGCUCGUCUUUCAGGCAAUACUUCUGAAAAGCUACCCAUCAAAGCUUCUAUUCACAGCUCUCCAAUGCUUUCUGAGUUCGAUUCAGUCCUUAGUGGUUGCAGUUGCCAUUGAGAGAAAUCCCCAGGAGUGGAAGCUCGGCUGGAAUAUGAGACUCAUGGCUGUCACUUAUUGUGGAGUUGUGGUGACUGGCGUGACAUAUUAUUUGCAAGCAUGGGUUCUAGAGAAGAAAGGUCCAGUCUUUUUAGCCAUGUCAACUCCUUUGGCUUUGAUCUUCACAAUGUUGUUUUCUGCAAUACUAGGCGACUUCAUCAACCUUGGAAGUGUAUUGGGUGGAAUGUUGUUAGUUGGAGGACUUUAUAGUGUUCUAUGGGCAAAAGGCAAAGAAGAAAAGAUGAUGAUUGCUGAAAAUAUUGAUGAGAAGAUGAAGACUACACAAGUGGAAAAGCAUAGCUUGGAGCUUACACAAGUUGUUACAAUCAUUAGCAUCCCCAAUCACCAAAUGCCACAAGCCAAUGAAUCGAGUUGAGUUUUGAUGGGGAAAUUAAGAUCUUAACAAGGGAAAUGGGAAUGAUUGGAGUUUUUCUAAAGAAAAAGGGGUAGGAAACCAUCUCCUCCAUUUUAAGAUCUCGUGUUAACAACCAUAAGGAUCGAGUAGAGGUUCCAGGUCGGAGCAACAACAUAGUUGCACCCUAAAAGCAUUCCUUUUCAUAGGCACUUUGAUUUUCAACUAAUUGAUCACUACAAAAUUGUAAACAUACGGACUUGUAACAACAUAUGUUCACUUAACCUUUACCUUACCUUACGUUAUGGGCUAAGAGUAAUGAAUCCUUUUAUUGGGUUAGAGUUUUGAGUUGAUAAGUCUACCUUUUUUAUAUGUGGGAUACUGAUGUUUAGUUUCGAGCCCUAGGUUUGAAAGUUGUUUC